UUAUUAGAAAAUAAAUACAUAUGUAUAAUAUAUUCAUAUAUAAUUUUAGUAUCUUCUGAUAAAUCUUAAAAAGAUUGUAUCAAUAUUCGUGAGAUGAGAAUAAUUUAUUUCUUUGAACUAAACGCGAUAUCCAAAUAAAAUGCACGAAGCAUAUCCACCAAGAUAUAUGAUAAAACUAUCUGAAAUUCGAUCUACAUUCACUACAUUUCGUCGAAUCCAACGACAAUUGAGAGACAAACCGCACAUAUCCCCUCAGGACAUUUUUACGGAAUCAGGUCAUCAGAAGCAGAGGUGUAUGCGUGAGAGUGGUGGGGACGUUAAACGCAUGUCGUGUAUAUAGAGAUCACAUCAAUACAUCUUGGCAGUUCACUUCUUAAUUUCAUUAGAUUCGUAUCCCUUUGUCAAUCUUCGACAAUGGUGCUUUUUCAGUUUUUUACCGCUAUUCUGUUGUUAAGUGUAACAUCAGUGAAAACAUAUUCUGUUCCAUAUCAGAACAUUCAGCUAGCGUUUUCUAUCACGCCAAAGUUGAUAUAUACAUCCGAAUCUAAUCCUGCUCUCAGUGGAUAUUCCUAUGCAACUCAAGAUUUUAAUGGUGGUGAAAGUAAUGUUGUUUUUACAACUGGUGCUGAUUCUGCGAGUAGAUUGAAGAACGAAAUGAACUCACUGAAAAUGUCAGAAGGAUAUUCACAAAGAGAUAAAAACCAAGAGAAUAUAAUAUCUUCAGAACAGCAAUAUGUAAAAAUUGAAAAAAGUAAGAAUAAACAAGAUCUCGACUUGAAUAUUGAAGUUCUCAAGGAGGAAAAAAAAUCUUCAAAAAAUCCUAAAGCAAAUAUUAUUGAACAUCCAAUGAAUCUUCAGCAAGUCUCCCUUACAGAUGUACCUUACCCUGUAUUUAAAGAAAAUUUAAACUUACAUCUUCCAGUGUUUCCAAAUUAUCAAAUAUCAUCAAAUGAAAUACAAAGCCAAUAUCAUUCUUAUAAUCCCUAUGCUCACUUAGAACUGCCUUUGCAUAAUUUUGACUUCUACAAUCCUACUGUGCCACUAUUUUACCAAGCAGCGGCAGUCAUUUCUAACAGCAAUUCCAAGUCAGCAUCGACAGCUAUUGAAAAUACAAAAGCAUCUGUGGAAUCACAUGUUACUGAAAGCUCACAAACAAACGCUACCAGCUCUGAAUCUAGCUCGGUAAAAUCUAAUAUAAUAGAUUUGAGAUUCAAUCUAGAAUCAACAACGAAUGCAAUGGAAGAAACAUCAUUCAGUCAGUCUGUGGAUUCCAUGAAUAAACAUGAAUCCAUGAUUACAUCUGAAAAAAUUAAAGAAGAAAUUACAACCAGUGAGUUUCCAGUAACAUCUCAGAAUUCUGUUGAACAGACUACAGAUAAUAAGGCAAAUAGUACCGAGCCUGCAAGUACAGAAACAAAUCCUUUGACAGAGAAAUCAAGUGCUGUAAUAUCUAAGGAAUGUAUGAAAUGUAUGAAAAAUUCCACAACUAAAAUAUAAAUCCAUAUAUACUA